CACCUGCUGGGGCGGGGACUGGCUUUGAUUGACAGGGAAGGCAAGCCUUAGGAACGCCUUGAAGGAGGUGGAGCUAGCACCGCAGGGACCGGGCUUCUGGGGACUUGCGCGUUGAGGGAGGGAACGGAGGGCGACAGGCGAGUGGGCGGGGCUUCUUGUAGCGCCUGUCGAAGUCUCCUAAAUUUUACGGGAAGAGUGGGAUUCGAGUGUGUGACACUGUUGAAGGGCCCAGGCAUGGCAGAAUUCCUCCGGGAACCCCUGUGGGGUGGGCGGGCUCUAAAGGGGGUGUAACCUAAAGGAAAUACUGAUGUGGAAGGUGCUCGGCUAGAAGGAAAUUCCCUUGGGAUUCAAAUCUUUAUGAAGAGGAAUAAGAUGAGGUCCUCCGUCUUCGUCUUGGUGCCUGCCUUCACCCAGCUGAAGAGUCUCGCAAGCUGCCUUCCCACUGUUGGCGCAGCCUCCAUUGCCAUCGGUGCCCUGCGCCUGUGCCUCAGCCAUGUCACUCCUGGCCACCCUGGGGCUGGAACUGGACAGGGCCCUGCUCCCAGCUAGCGGGCUGGGCUGGCUCGUAGACUAUGGGAAACUCCCCCUGGCCCCUGCCCCCCUGGGCCCCUAUGAGGUCCUUGGGGGAGCCCUGGAGGGCGGGCUUCCAGGGGGGGGAGAGCCCCUGGCAGGUGAUGGCUUCUCUGAUUGGAUGACAGAGCGAGUUGACUUCACGGCGCUUCUCCCCCUGGAGGCCCCUCUGCCGUCAGGCACCCUCCCCCCACCCUCUCCAGCACCCCCUGACCUGGAGGCCAUGGCUUCCCUGCUCAAGAAGGAGCUAGAGCAGAUGGAAGACUUCUUCCUUGAUGCCCCACUCCUCCCACCACCCUCCCCACCACCACCAGCAGCACCCUCCCUGCCCCUGCCCCUGCCCACCUUUGACCUCCCUCAGCCCCCUGCUCUGGAUACCCUGGACCUGCUGGCUGUCUACUGCCGCAGUGACGCUGGGCCAGGGGAUGCAGGCUUGGCAACCCUGCCUGUCCCCCAGCAGCCUCCCCCUCCUCUGGCCCCUCUGCCCUCACCCUCCCGCCCAGCCCCCUAUCCUAGUCCUGCCACCACCCGAGGGGACCGCAAGCAGAAGAAGAGAGAUCAGAACAAGUCAGCGGCUCUCAGGUACCGCCAGAGGAAGCGGGCAGAGGGCGAGGCCCUGGAGGGCGAGUGCCAGGGGCUAGAGGCACGGAACCGGGAGCUGAGGGAGAGGGCCGAGUCAGUGGAGCGGGAGAUUCAGUAUGUGAAGGACCUGCUAAUUGAGGUGUACAAGGCCCGCAGCCAGAGGACCCGAAGCACCUAGGGUGCAGGUCCAGGCAAGGAGAGGGAGGCCUACCAUGCCUCUGCCCCUAGCCUCACGUGUACCCUCCAUCCCGCUCUUCUGUAUCAUCUAUGUCUGGAUUUCCUGCCUACUCCCCUUACGGGUUAUUGGUUUAGUCAGUUUCUGUGCCCUUCACUGAGAAACCAAGGCCCUCAGGGAAUCUGAGGACACGGCCUGAUCCCUGGUUUCUGGAGUCUAAAACAGUGUAUUUUUGCAGGUAGUCCUAGUUGGGUAUGGGGGGCUGUCAGGCCUGGCAUGGAGGUAAGACAGGAAGCCACUCAGGGUAACUGCUGAUGAGAACCUAGUCAGGGAGGGGACACAGGACACGUGAGAAGUCAGUCAAGUCCUCAGUACCGGAGAGAUGCUGCCCAAGGGGGAGGAGGGUGGCCGUAGUUGGUAACUAGGGGAUCACUUUAGCUUUGGGAGAGGAUCAGGGUUUUGUGAAGGUGUUGGGGAGGGGUUGCAUUUAGUGGGGGCUGAUCCUCCAGGGGUUGUGGGCACAAAUAAAAUGCAGAAUUUCCUGUG